AUGGCCAACAACGCCUUGGCGAUGGACUGCUUCACUUUUUUGCUCUUUGCCCUCGCUCUCAUCUACUUUUUGAGACCUGAUCUCUGGCCAAAAGUGAGCAAUUUGUUAGGAUAGCUGUCCUUCUGCCUUCAGCGCCGCAGUCUGAUCGACGAUGCGACAUUCGUUCUGGAAGGUGGAGAGAGAUAGAGAGAGAGCUGAUGUUCGAGCCGCUGCACCUUCAUGUUCAAUAUCCCAUCCAGGUACCAGCGCCGGCUGCAGCACCUGCGCCUGCCCCUGCCCCUGCGAAAGCACCAGCAAAUGAGGAAGGGAAGUGUGGAGGAGACAAUAAGCAGAAAGGAGGGGGUGGUGGCAAUAACGACAACAAGAAGCAAGAGAAUAAGGCAGAGGACGAAAAGAAGAAGAAGGAGGCAGAGGAGAAAAAGUCAAAAGAGGAUGCCGAGAAGCAAAAGAAGCUCAUUGUGGAUACCAUUGCGGCGGAGGAAAAGAAGAAGGCAGACGCGGCUGCCAAAAAAGUGGCCGAGGAGGAGAAAAAGAAGAAGGAGGAAGAGGACAACAAGAAAUUAAUCGUCGAUACGAUUGCGGAGGAGAAGAAGAAGGCGGAUGAAAAGGCGGCAGAGGAGAAGAAGAAGGCGGAUGAAAAGGCGGCAGAGGAGAAGAAGAAAAUGGACGAGGAGAACGCCAAGAAAAAGAAGGAGGAGGAGGCGAAGAAGCCACCUGCUGACCCUCCAAAGAAAGGUGACGAGCCCAGUCGAAGAAGCCGGCGCUUCAAGUAUCUGAUUUGGUGCUGA